AUGUCCAAGCCAAUCGUCCUCCAACUCGGCGACGACAUUCGCUGGAAUCAUGACCUACACAGCAAGUUCCAAGAUGUCUUUGAGAUCCGCCGGUCCUACAGCAUGUCUCGGCCGGAGUUUAUCCGAGCCCUGAAAGAGCGCCAAUUCGGCGACUUCUUUGCCAUCUACCGCCCGUUCUGGAAUACCGGCGGCGAGAUGGGAAACUGGGAUGAGGAGCUUGUCUCGCUACUGCCAGAUUCCUGCAAGGUUUAUGCCAGUGCGGGUGCUGGAUUUGAUUGGGUUGAUACCGCAGCUUUGGCCAAGAAGGGAGUCAUCUACUGCAAUGCUGCUGCUGCAUGUACAGAAUCCGUCGCCGACGCCGCAAUCUGGCUCAUCAUCUCAACAUUCCGCCAAUUCUCUUGGUCACACAUUGCCGCACGUACACUGGAUGCCAAUGCAUUUGUCGAUGCAAACCGUAAUCUGGCAAUGGUGUCCCACAACCCUAAUGGGCAUACACUUGGAAUCAUUGGCUUUGGCCAGAUUGGGCGCCGCACGGCCGAGAAAGCCUUCCUAGCCAUGAACAUGAAGAUUCACUAUCAUGACAUUGUGCAGAUGCCCGCACAUCUGGAGGCCGUCUCGAAGGCAACAUACCACAAGAACAUGGACAGUCUUCUCGCCGUUUCGGACUGUGUCAUGGUUGCCACGCCCUUUAGCGGGGAGACGCUCCUCAAUGCAUCUCUGCUGGCGAAGAUGAAGACUGGUUCGAGACUCAUUAACAUUGCCCGUGGCAAGCUUCUGGAUGAGAGUGCCCUUGUUGAUGCUCUUCGGAGUGGUAAGCUCGCUGCUGCUGGGUUGGAUGUCCACUAUGAUGAGCCAAACGUUAGCCCAGAGCUUGCCAGUAUGAAGAACGUUGAGAUGAUGGCCCACAACGCGGGUGCAUCCGUGGACUCACACAUUGGUUUCGAGAGAUUGGGUAUGGAGAAUAUUCUUUCAUUCUAUCAGACUGGCAAGGCUGUCACGCCGGUUAAUGCGCAUCUAGUUGCCAAGGCUACGGGGUCAAAGCUAUAG